UCAUGGAGGAGGGCAUCGACGUCGACGACCUCUUCGGGGAUCCUUCCUCCCUCGAACUGGGUCUCCCUGCACCACAACCCACCAAGGGUCUCUCACAGCGUCUCGAUGAGAUGCGCCUCCUGGGCUGCUGUCAGUAUGUUAUCUUUGUUCUUACUGUAUUCUACCACAAUCAUUGAAUCUCGUGCUGGUUCUGACCAGUUGCUUGGCAGAAAGCUUGCCUGGUCGAGACUGGGAUGCAUUGCCUACAUCUCUCAGGAUGGCCACCGCGUCCAUGUCCGUCAUCUUGUCUGUCGCCCAUCCGAUGGGAAAUGGGUUCUCAGCAAUGACCAUCCUCUCAAUCCUGUCACGGAAGCCCAUGGUGGCCAUACGUUAACCCACCUGUCCUGGAAUGAGACCGGGUCCGAGCUGGCCGUCGUCGAUGCGUCUGGCCGGGUCUCUGUCUUCUCCAUAUCUAUCGCUCUGAAUAGCAUUGUCACACAUCGCCAGGCCAUCAUUGAUUCAGCUGAUGAUGGUUCCCAGGUUGUGGGUAUGAUGUGGCUCAACGCUCAGCGCUCGGUAGGAUUCCUCGUCCCCUUUGUUCUCAAAGCAUGUUGA